AUGCAUUACUCUACCGAGUACGACAACCGUUCAGGCUCUCUUCGUAGUCAUAAGCGCCGUCGCAUUCAGAACCGCAUAGCUCAGCGUAACUACCGCAAGAAGCUAAAGCGCCGACUAGAGAAUCUAGAAAGACGAGCUAGGUCUUCGGCUUCUCCAGAACAAUCACACGCAAAGCCAAUUUUACCAAAGUCGUCUCCGACCAAGACUCGAACAAAGAUGCGAGCGUCUAAGUCUGUUACAGAUGUCAAGCCUCACAUCUCGCAUUCAUCGGACCGACCUACGUCCUACGAACACUACACGAAUUCAGAUGAUUGCCAAACCGUCUUCGCUUAA